AGAGCUUUGAGCUUUCGCAGCUAUACGCACACGAUCGUGUAGGUACGCGCGUCGAGAGAAUCGAUGUAUAUAGUGGUGGUCGUGGCCAAGCAGAUAAUAUAUAAGUUGCAAGUACGCACGUAACUUGGUCGACGGCUGCGCCCUAGAGCCGCGCUCGCUUCGCAUAUAAUAUAGCUGUCGGUCGGGGAGUCCUGGCGACGACCAGUGUGCAAAGCUGCUCUAGGCAAGGAGUCGAUCGUUAUCUUUUUCUUUUUUUUUCGCACCCUCGCAACUAACUCGUAACUCCGCGUAUUUAUCAAGCGAGCUCAUGUCGCAAGCCCCGCCGCGGGGGAAAGCUAAAAUAUAAAUGAAAAAAAUAUUUCCGCUCGAUCCGACGAGUGCUUCUCUCCUGGCUCGAUCGCUCUAUGGCCCUUUUGUUUUGUCGCCCACGCGACUCGUAGUUUGCCUGCGAAUAGGGAGCCGAAGAUAAGUCCGUCGCAAGCUCGCAGUCUAUGGCGCAUCGCAGGACCUGCUAGCGGACGUACAUAGACGAUUAUAUACUAUCGACCUCAAGCAUUUGUCACUUCUUUACGAACUUGGAGCUUUAAUAAUCAAUCAUCUGUGCAACGCAAAGAUAUUGCAAGCUCUCCAAAACCUCGGCUCGUAACAAUAUAACAAAAGAUCAGAAACAUAUGUAACUAUAGUCAUGGGUGCCUACAACUUCUUUGGUCCCGAUCUCCGGGCCCCGGAGAUUAUGGCCAUCUUGGGCUGCAUCGGAGCAACAGCUGGGGCUGUUUCGGCAAUUAUCGUCUACGCCAUUUGCGCUCGCAAACGACGAGUACUUAAUUGGUUUGAAAAAGACUUGCUGGACCAAUCGGAGGAGGCAGAGAAAUCAUCGAAAAAGAAUGCAAAUAUCCAAAUCCAAAUGGGUAAAAGCUGCGAAAAAGAUAAUCAAUGCGUCGCAGGGAUAUUAGCUAACAAAAUCAUGAAGACGCAUCAAAUCAACCACCGUCAAUCGGAGAGCAUCGACGAGGAGCGCGCGGCAGUGUCGGCUUCGACGUCGUUGAUAGCCCCGGCGCCGCUGCCCACCGGGGACGUCGUGCUGGUCGGGAGCGACCAGCGGAUGGUGCUCGUCAAGGGCUUGUCCGUGUCCAGUCGGUCCAGCAGCUACGCCGAUUCCGAGGACAACGACGCGGACGCCACCAUCACGUCGAGGGGCGCCGGGAGCAGCAGCACCGAGAGCGAGAGCUGCUGCAGCGACGACCUCUCCUGUCCGAGAUCGCCUCUGGAGACUUGCGGCAAGAUCGAUAUGUGCGUCGCGUACGACAAAAUCGAGGAUGCGCUUCGUAUCAAGAUUUUCAAGGUGUACGAUUUGAUAGAGACGACGAAUCCUUACGUAAAAAUACGACUCAUUCCAGACCGAACUUGCGUGAAAAAGACGAAAAUAAUCAAGCAAACCCUUAAACCAGAAUGCAGCGACUACUUCGUUUUCCAAGUACCCACGAACCGUCGAAUCGACGAUUUGACGCUGGAAAUCGUGCUCUACGAUCACGUAUCGAAGCAGCAAAAGUACCUGCAGCAGCACAAGCUUGGCUACCUGCACCUGCCCCUGGUGCAGCUCAUGCCGGAACUCGUGGACGACGAGCAGCAACCCCAGAGCGUCACCCAAUUUUUUAUGCGCUGCUUGCCCUUCGAGGACGCCAAAUCCUACGGCGAGCUCAUGGUGUCCAUGACCUAUCAGAGCCAAGCCGAGAGACUGACUGUCGUGAUAAUUCGCGCUAGAGAUUUAUUUUUUACCCCCGACGAUGACGAUGACGUUGAUGUUUCCAAGGACGGUCCGACCUAUGAAAUUUACGUGCAGGUCAACGUCCUGCGGGACGGCAAAAGCUUCAAACGAAAAAAAACUGGUGUACGUCGCUGCGACCAUGUUAAUUCGCCCGUCUGGAGCGAAACUUUGAAUUUUGACAUGCCGCUUGGACUCUUGGCCACGAGCACCAUAGAGUUCUCGAUCUGCCGGACUCCCUCUCAAAUUAUGGCCUGCUGCCAUGUGUCCGCAGACAGUCAUUCUAACGCCCAAAUCUUCCAGAAUUUAUUGAGCGGAGCAACGUCAUCGGCUCAAUGGCUUCCGCUCAACGAACCAAAAUGAAAUGAAGCGAUGCAUUGAUAGGCAAUUAUAUGUACUUUUUAACUGCAGAAACUCCGGUAACGUGUGAAAGUCCUCUCUUUCACUUUUAACUUUGACUUGCUUAUUUUUCUUUUAGCUUUCUAGUCAAGUAAAGUAAUAAUAUAUACGAUUUGUUUAACUAAUGAAAGUCUGCAGUUCUCAACGAAUUUUCUUUAUAACUUUCUUAAUGAUUUUUACAGUAAAAAGCUUCGAACGGA